UAUUGGCAAAAUAUUUCUAUUUUGUUGUGUCUUAAUUGAUUAAAAAUCUGUUCAGAAAAUUCUGAUUGAAAACAGAUCUCUCUUAAGCAAUUUUUUUGACAAAGUAUGAGUGUAUGUUUUACAUAUUUGCUUUUACUAAGGAAAACAAUCUUACUUAGAAAAGUACAACUUGGGUGUAGUACCAUGUGGUAUAAACAACUGAACUAUUUUACCUUUUACUUUCCUAUGAAUGAGCCAGUAUAUAUUUAUUACUGGAGUUCCAGCUAUAAAAUUUAUGUAAGGGGUUUAAAUAUACCCUAGAGUAUUAUUUAAAAAUAAAUUUAUUUCUUUCAAAUAGAAUACCAACCUUGGUCUAUGACAUUUGGGAGAGAAAUUAAAAUAUUAAACUUUUAUUGCCUAGUAAACUGAAAAUAAAGUAAAGGUUAAAUAAAUACAAAGCAAAAAAUAUAUAUAUACAAAAUCACAACCUCUAAAAGGACAAACAGUCCACUGUUCUCUACUGUGGGAGCUUUAUCAGCACUGGUGAGUAAUUCCACCUCUAGGGCAGGGCAAGUUCUCAAAAACGUAAACAAGUAUGUACUUUGUUUAUAUAAAGAAAUGUGCAGCAUGGUUUGUAUUUCUUUGUAGAUAUCAAACAGCUAAAUGCAUUGUUUCAGAGCACCAGCAGGGGCCAGCAAAGAGCUCUUAGAGUUUUUCAGAACAGAAUUGGCAUUGAGAUAUGUUUAUUUGAUGUGUUAAAUCCUUUUUUUGACUUCUUUACUUAACUCCACACUCUCUUAAGUGAAUGAAUUGCAGAGACAGUGGAAUAAAAUAUCCUGUGUGUUCAAACUAUCUUGGGGUAUAGUUUUUUUUUCUAAUCUGCAUAUAUUUUUAAUGAAGUAUUUGCUUAGGCUAUUUCUUGGCAGAGUUUUAAUAGUCAAAAUAUAAAUGGCAUUAUUUAAAGACUGUUCUACUUGGCUGGAAAAGGCCUUAAAAUUACAGAAGAAAAUGCUUAGUGACAGCUUCUCUUAACCUUUUCUUUCUUGAACCUGUGCUUCAUUUUUGCAGUAGUAUUACUAGGCUAAUUUUGUAGUUCUGUUCUUAAUCUUUCACUUUUUAUAUAACUAGCACUUUGGAAGCUAAAAUGUCUAUCUGUUUGAUGUAGUGCUAAAGUUUUAGUUCAUCCCAAAGUUUUAGUAUUUCCAAAUUUACACAACUGUUUGAAUUCACUCAUUAAAAAUAAAAUUAACAGCCCCUAUAACUUGACUAGAUUCCUAGUAUGGUUACUGUUUGGAAAUUCAAUCUUUGAUUUGAUGCUUAAUUACAUGGGGUUCCGUUCCUACCAACUUCCUGUAAUUCUAUACCUAUGGGUAAAAAUAUUAGUGGUCAAAGUCAGCUGGAGAAAGUAUAGGCACUGCGAUUCACAUAGUUAUAUGUUCAUUUAGUAGAGCUAGGGUGAAAAAAUACUGCUUCAACUUGAAAUGUUAGAAGAUUGUUGUUCUUGUGUUACUCAUUCAUGCAAAUUGGAGAAGGUAUAAUUGAAACAAGGUUGGCUGUGUUUGAGUCAGUGUGCUGCAGCUGAGCUCAGCUUAAAGGUCGCUGGAAAUCAAGUGCUUUGUAAGUGAAGGCAUUUUGACUACAAGCAAUUCAAGACAUUUUGGAAACGUCAGUCUCAGGAAUGGGCCGUCUUUUUCUUUCUAUGAUAUCUGGUAUCUAAUGUUUUACUUAGGAUAAAGACCACUACUUAAUAGCUCUUUUAGGCACCAUAAAUGAUUUUUUUCUUUUGAUGCAGUGCAGCUGCUUCUAGCCUGUCUACAGACAGAGAUAUUUGUUAUGACUUUCAGCCUUUAACAUGUUUGGAAAUGAGAACAAAUGGCACAGAGCUUACGAUUGCACUUUGCAGCCAGAAGAAGCAAUACUUACCCUUUGUCAGAAGCCUCCGGAGAUGACUUGGAUAGCCGUGUUCACAUGUGCUUCAAAAGACCAACACGGAUUUCAGCGUCUAACAUUGUUCAAAUGAAGCUGACUCCCAGACAGACUGCACUAGCUCCGUUAAUAAAGGGAAACAUUCAGUCUCAAGAAAGAUCAUCUGUUCCUUCAUCUGAAAAUGUUAUUAAAAAGAGCAGCUGUCUGCAGAUUUCACUACAGCCCACAAGGUACAGUGGUUGUCUUCAGUCUAGCAAUGUCUUAGCUGAUAGUGAUGAUGCUUCAUUUACUUGUAUCUUAAAGGAUGGUGUUUACAGCAGUGUUGUGGCUGAUAAUGAAUUGAAUGCUGUGAAUGAUGGUAACCUUUUAAGCAGUCCUGCCAUUUGUAGUGGUAGCCUUAGUAACUUUUCAGCUAGUGACAAUGGGUCUUGCAGCAGCAAUGGUAGUGAUUUUGGGUCAUGUACAAGUAUCACAAGUGGAGGUUCAUACACUAACAGUGUCAUCAGUGACAGUAGUAGUUAUACUUUUCCACCAAGUGAUGAUACGUUUUUGGGUGGAAAUUUAUCUUCUGACAGCACCUCCAAUAGAAGUGUGCCAAACAGGAAUACUACUCCAUGUGAAAUUUUUUCAAGAAAUACAAGUACAGAUCCUUUUGUCCAGGAUGACUUGGAACAUGGAUUAGAGAUUAUGAAAUUGCCAGUGAGCGGGAACACAAAAAUUCCUCUAAAACGUUGCUCCUCCUUAGUCAUUUUUCCUAGGAGUCCUUCAAAUACCCCACCAACUUCUCCAACAAGUCCAUGUACUCUUCUGAGCAAAGGAUCCUAUCAAACUUCACACCAGUUUAUUAUUUCUCCUAAUGAAAUUGCACAUAAUGAGGAUGGCACUGGUGCUAAAGGAUUUCUUUCAACAGCUGUCAAUGGACUUCGGUUAUCUAAAACAGUUUAUACCCCCGGAGAAGUAAGAGACAUAAGGCCACUUCACAGGAAGGGCUUGUUACAAAAGAAAAUUGUUAUUUCAAAUAGUACUCCCAAACAGACUGCCUGUGAAAAGUCAUCUGAAGGAUACUCUUGUGUUUCAGUGCAUUUCACCCAACAAAAAGCAACUACAUUAGAUGGUGGAACAACAAAUGGCGAUUGUAAACCAGAAAUGUCAGAAAUUAAGCUUAAUUCUGAUUCCGAGUAUAUUAAGCUCAUGCAUAAGACAUCUGCAUGUUUGCCAUCCUCCCAAAACAUUGAUUAUCAAAUAAAUAUCAGUGGAGAAUUGGAAAGACCAGAUUCACAGAUGAACAAAAAUCAUGGUAUUUUACAAAGAAGUAUUUCAUUGGGAGGAGCUUAUCCAAAUAUUUCCUGUCUAUCCAGCCUUAAGCACAAUUGUUCUAAAGGGGGACCAUCUCAGUUACUCAUAAAGUUUGCAUCUGGAAAUGAAGGUAAAGUUGAUAAUUUAUCAAGAGACAGCAACAGAGAUUGCACAAAUGAACUGUCUAAUUCUUGUAAGACAAGAGAUGAUUUCCUAGGUCAAGUGGAUGUUCCACUUUAUCCAUUACCGACAGAAAAUCCAAGAAUGGAGAGACCAUAUACAUUUAAGGAUUUUGUUCUUCACCCAAGAAGUCACAAAUCAAGAGUUAAAGGCUAUCUGAGACUAAAAAUGACUUAUUUACCUAAAACCAAUGGCUCAGAAGACGAUAAUGCAGAACAGGCUGAGGAAUUAGAGCCUGGCUGGGUUGUUUUGGACCAACCAGAUGCUGCUUGCCAUAUGCAGCAACAACAAGAACCUUCUCCUCUACCUCCAGGGUGGGAAGAGAGGCAGGAUAUCCUUGGAAGGACCUACUAUGUAAACCAUGAAUCUAGAAGAACACAGUGGAAAAGACCAACCCCUCAGGACAACCUAACAGAUGCUGAGAAUGGCAGCAUUCAACUGCAAGCACAGCGUGCAUUUACCACCAGGCGGCAAAUAUCCGAGGAAACAGAAAGUGUUGACAACCGAGAGUCUUCCGAGAACUGGGAAAUUAUAAGAGAAGAUGAAGCCACCAUGUAUAGCAGCCAGGCCUUCCCAUCACCUCCACCAUCAAGUAACUUGGAUGUUCCAGCUCACCUUGCAGAAGAAUUAAAUGCCAGGCUCACCAUCUUUGGAAAUUCAGCCACAAGCCAGCCAGUGUCCAGCUCAAAUCAUUCCAGCAGAAGAGGCAGCUUACAAGCCUAUACUUUUGAGGAACAACCUACACUUCCUGUGCUUUUGCCUACUUCAUCUGGAUUACCACCAGGUUGGGAAGAAAAACAGGAUGAAAGAGGAAGGUCAUAUUAUGUAGAUCACAAUUCCAGAACAACUACUUGGACAAAGCCCACUGUACAGGCCACAGUGGAGACCAGUCAGCUGACAUCAAGCCAGAGUUCUGCUGGCCCUCAGUCACAAGCUUCCACAAGUGAUUCAGGCCAGCAGGUGACCCAGCCGUCUGAAACUGAGCAAGGAUUCCUUCCUAAAGGCUGGGAAGUCCGGCAUGCACCAAAUGGGAGGCCUUUCUUUAUUGACCACAACACUAAAACCACCACCUGGGAAGAUCCAAGAUUGAAAAUUCCAGCCCAUCUGAGAGGAAAGACAGCACUUGAUACUUCCAGUGAUCUCGGGCCUUUACCUCCAGGAUGGGAAGAGAGAACUCACACAGAUGGAAGAAUCUUCUACAUAAAUCACAAUAUAAAAAGAACACAAUGGGAAGAUCCUCGGUUGCAGAAUGUAGCAAUAACUGGACCAGCAGUGCCGUACUCCAGGGAUUAUAAAAGAAAGUAUGAGUUCUUCCGAAGAAAGUUGAAGAAGCAGAAUGACAUUCCAAACAAAUUUGAAAUGAAACUUCGCCGAGCAACUGUUCUCGAGGACUCUUACCGGAGAAUUACGGGUGUCAAGAGAGCAGACUUCCUCAAGGCUCGACUGUGGAUUGAGUUUGAUGGUGAAAAGGGAUUGGAUUAUGGAGGAGUUGCCAGAGAAUGGUUCUUCCUGAUCUCAAAGGAAAUGUUUAACCCUUAUUAUGGGUUGUUUGAAUAUUCUGCUACGGACAAUUAUACCCUACAGAUAAAUCCAAACUCUGGAUUGUGUAACGAAGAUCACCUCUCUUACUUCAAGUUUAUUGGUCGUGUAGCUGGAAUGGCAGUUUAUCAUGGCAAACUGUUGGAUGGUUUUUUCAUCCGCCCAUUUUACAAGAUGAUGCUUCACAAACCAAUAACCCUUCAUGAUAUGGAAUCUGUGGAUAGUGAAUAUUACAAUUCUCUAAGAUGGAUUCUUGAAAAUGACCCAACAGAAUUGGACCUCAGGUUUAUCAUAGAUGAAGAACUUUUUGGACAGACACACCAACAUGAGUUGAAAAAUGGUGGAUCAGAAAUAGUUGUCACCAAUAAGAAUAAAAAGGAAUAUAUUUAUCUUGUAAUACAGUGGCGAUUUGUAAACCGAAUCCAGAAGCAAAUGGCUGCUUUUAAAGAGGGAUUCUUUGAACUCAUACCACAGGAUCUCAUCAAAAUUUUUGAUGAAAAUGAACUAGAGCUUCUUAUGUGUGGACUGGGAGACGUCGAUGUGAAUGACUGGAGAGAACAUGCCAAGUAUAAAAAUGGCUACAGCGCAAAUCAUCAGGUUAUACAAUGGUUUUGGAAGGCUGUUUUAAUGAUGGAUUCAGAAAAAAGAAUAAGAUUACUUCAGUUUGUCACUGGCACAUCUCGGGUGCCUAUGAAUGGAUUUGCGGAACUAUAUGGUUCAAACGGACCACAGUUGUUUACAGUUGAACAGUGGGGUACUCCUGAAAAGCUGCCAAGAGCUCAUACCUGCUUUAAUCGCCUGGACUUGCCACCUUAUGAAUCAUUUGAAGAAUUAUGGGAUAAACUUCAGAUGGCAAUUGAAAACACUCAGGGUUUUGAUGGAGUUGAUUAGAUUACAAAUAACAGUCUAUGGUGUUAGCCAAAUCAUGACUUAAAAUUUUCCAGGGAACUACUAAAACCUGGCCACUGAUUCUUCCCAGAUCUUGAAGAAAAGCAUAUAAAAAGCAUUUGAAGAAACAGUAUGACAACUUUAUUUUAAUCGCUUUUAAAUAAUGUGUUGUAUUUACACAGUUGUUCCAUUCUGUCUUUAGAGUUCACACAAUAGGAUAUAAGUCCCGUACGACUUAAAUAGUGAAUUUUGGCCAUAACAUUUACCUCUUGUAUAGUAUCUGCCAGGCAGUUUUUUCUUAAACUACUGAGAUUAUAACUGUGAAAUAUUUGUGAUAAGUGUCAUGUGUGAAGAUGUUGAUGCAUUUUGAGAUGGAAAACUGAAAUUUGGAAAAAAAAAUACUAUUGCAUAAACUACAAUGUAUUUAGUGCUACUCGCAGUAUUUAUUAUUUUUGUAGACCUGCCUUAUGCACCUUACCGCCUAGAUUUUUGGAAAAACCUUGGAAAGUGUGUUAUCUAUUUUUCUAGUCAACUAACUCACAGAAAAACAGUUUACUUCUUCACUUUCAAAGUAUUUGGCUUUUUGUUAAUAUGCAGUUUUUACUAAACAGGUGAUUCAUAAGACAUGUGAAGCAAGUCAUUUUUGCGAUGGGUAAAAAGUAUUAAGGCCUUUCUCUUGCCUGCAUAUCCUUAUGAUCAUUGGUAUAGUCAUCACUUUUUCAUAUUUUAGUGUAGUUAGAAUUCCUUCUUCAAACAUUGAAGAUCCACAAAGCAGUAUUUCUAAAUAUGCCUUGAAGAACUAAAUGAAGUGUAUAGCACUUGCCUUUACUAGUCAUUCUCUACACUUGUACAAUUAUGUAGUAAAUGUAUGUUUACAGCGUUUAUUAUGUUUACAGAUUAAGCUAAUUUCUGUAGUCGCAUUUUUAUAUUUUUAGUAUCACUCUAGUAAAAAAAAAAAACAAAUGAUUUGUUUAAAAUAACCAAAGAGUUGAUAUAAUGCAUAAUUUGUAUUAAAUUUAUUACUGUAUUUCUUAUGCUUUUUGAAAAUACUGUUUACUAUGAAGACAAUGUUUUAUUACAAAUCCAAAACUCUGUAGGCAAAAUGCUGUAGGUUGAAUCCUUCUUUAACCAAACUGAAAUACAUAAAGACCAUGUACAUGCAUUCAUCAAAGGUUUAUUGAAUGCUCUGUGCAUAGUGCUGUGCUGUGCCCUGGGGUAAGGUUUGUCAGCUUCAGAGAAAUCUGGCUGAGUCCUGAUCCUCAAGGGACUUACAGAUGUGUCAGUGAAUCUGUAAAACAAUCAAAAGUAGGGGUAAGCAGAAGAAGGUAAAAGGGAAAUGUUCUAGAUUCCAGCGCACCUGCAAAGAUAAGUGUGCCAACACUGUAUUUAUAUUUCAUACUUAUAUUGUAUCAUCCUUAUAUUGGCAUGCUUAUAUAGAAAAUGGGUCUUAAAUAGAUGAAGCCUCUUUCUCAGUAUGGUAUCUUGGUGAUUUAGGAAUAAUUGUAAAUAUAUGUUAUGAAUCUUCUUAAAUAUAUAUAUUAUAUAUAUCUUAAAUAUAUAUAUUAUAUAUAUAUUAUAUAUUAUAUGUAAUAUAUAAUAUAUUUUAUAUAUAUUAUAUAUAAACACACCCUGUGAGAACUGUAAAAACAAAUUCUGUUUCUUGGUUUAAGUUUGUUGGGGUAUAACGUGAUGAGCACUCAGCAUCUGUUAGAAAUCUGAAAUGUGACAGUAGCAAAACCACUUUCAACUUUCCAAACACCACAUCGUUAGCAUGGUUUAGAGGAAGCAAUUCACAGUUUAAUGCACCCUGCGUUUUGUCUUCACCACUGUCAACCAGUGGUCAGGCAUGAGCACCAGAUAUAGUCCUGGUUUGAUAUCUCACCAGCUGUGUGAACUGAAGCAGCUUACUUAACCUCCCUGGACUUGUGUUUCUUCGUCUGUCAAAUGAAAAUAAUCGUGCCCACCCUCAUUGUCAUACCAGACUGUCAUAAGUUCUAGAAAGAUGAGAAAGCAAAAAGUAUGUUGUAAAGUGUUACACAAUCAGAAGGUACUUUGUGCUGACCAUCAAUCAGAUUGUGUUAAGUCAGGUGUGCAAACUGACCAGGCUCCCAAAGAAUCAUUUAAAAGUAAAGUGACUUCUAAGAGACAAGGAAGUAGGAACAUAGCUGAUAAUAAAUACCUAAGUAUACAUAGAUACACAUGUGUCUAUAUAUGGAUCUUAGCAUCAUAAUUCAUUUUCUUCAUAUCAGCAAAGUAAUAGUAAUGUGGGCCAAUGCAUUUUGGAUAUGUCCUCAUUAUGUAGAAUGGAACGUGAAAAUUAUUUUUGUUAAAACAGGAUAUUGCCACAAUUGUUUAAAUAUCACUUUUGUGAAAUAUCAGAGCAUAAGAAGAUACAAAGCUUUCUUU